UGCAAGUCAGGAACUGUCGCGUCCGCGUGGGGUGCGUAUCGUGUCGCGCGCGGCUGGUGUCACGGUGUGUGCGCGGAUAUUGUACGCCGGUUAGAGAGGGCAGAGGAGAGGAUCCCAUAGAGUGACGUGGUUCAGGUGGACCGACAGCUGACGGUUGGGAUUUCGAACGUGCCGGCAGCCCCGGCCACGGGGCACCGAUGACAGUUGGCGGCGCGUGCCGCGGUACGUCGCCGUAGACCACCUGGAUAACGGGCACGAUCAACUCGAACGAGGGAAUCCCCCGCGUCCCCAGGAUGGAUAAAGACGUUCGACGGAAGUGCGGGAAAGUGCGACGUGCUCUGUUCCACCUGCUGCUGAUAGUGGGGGGUGCGACAGGGUUGAAGGAUUUGACAAUCAACGUGCCAGCGGUGGUGCGAUCAGGUGACACAGUGACACUGUCUUGCCAUUACGAUCUGGAAGGCUUUCCAUUGUACAGGAUACAAUGGUUGCUCGAAGCAACAGAGUUCUAUCGAUACGUUUCCGAACAGAAACCCCCGUACAGUGCAUUCGAUGUGGACGGAAUAAACGUGAACGUUUCCAAGUCGAACAUGAACGAUGUGACGCUCGUGGACGUGUCCAGGAACCUGACGGGGACGUACAAGUGCGAAGUGACGGCCGCACCUCCCUCCUUCCACACGGAGAUCGCGAGGGCCAGGAUGGAGGUCGUGGACGCCCCAAAAACGGACCCGACGAUCGACACCGAGAAGGAGCGUAUAGCAGAAGGCGAGAUGCUCCGGGCGAAUUGCACCACCGGCAACUCCAGUCCCGCCUCCAACAUUACGUGGAAGCUGAACGGGAAUCUCAUAUCGAACGACACCCUUCAGUACAGGUCCCGAUAUUUCGCGAUCCCUCAGGACGACGACUCGAUGGUGUCGAAGUCCACGAUAGAAUUCAAGGUGACCAGCGACAUGUUCCGCAACGGUCGGCUCCAUCUGCGCUGCACGGCUUCCAUCGCAGACGUCUACAGGAAAUCAGCUGAUGUCGAAAUCAACGGGGACACGCCCCGUAUCGCGUCCAUCACUGGAGAAUCACCGCCGCGAGGGCCCCGUGGUAACAACUCGGCCGGACGAAGCUCUACCUGGACUACCACGAUGAUCCUGGCACUGGCGACGCUCGUGUUCCUGCUGUCCACGGCGAGGACGUCGUUCAUCGCGUCGUGCCCCGUCCCCGCCAGCAGGUAGCUCGAAGGCGUCCGCAAGGACACCGCUGCCACUGUCUGACCCGAUCACAUCGUCCAUGUAAAACCUAGUAGUCUAGGGCUUCCAGUUAUGUAUGUUACUAUGUAUGGAGUAGAUAGUCGAAUAACAAUGAUUUUUAUUCGAGUGGGCUUGAAGAAGCGGGAGGACACCCCGAGGGUCGCGGCAGUCAGGUGACGCACGGUUACUUUAACACACGUUAUACUUUUUCAUGGAGAUCGAGGCAAACAUCCACCGAUCGUUCGUGUCGUUGAAUCGACCGAUUUUCUGGGGCUACUAGGUGAACACUGCCACGCGGGAGAAUGCUUAAAAUGGAACGCCAUUGGUCGGACACGCGGAGGACAUUGACACGUACGAAUUUUUCCUGCGGGUACUAAAUGUUUAGUAGAAAUACUCGAUGGCUAGGAUAAUAGCAUAUGCUUUGGAAGAUACUUUUGUUCAUUUUUAUUGGAUCAGGUUAAUCUCGGUAGGAAAUGUGAGCGUCCUCCUACUAAGAGGUACGCAGUGCAGACAUUCUGUUCAGCUUCGAUGACUAAAAUUGAAUUAGUGCAAAAUUAAGGUGAAAUCCAAAAUAUCUUUGCGUUGAGAUCUCUCUGUAAUAUCUACUAUUUCUUACGUUCCACUUGAAACUUCUAUCAAUUUCUUAUUGGCUCAAUUCUGGUCUUUGGAACUAGAGACUCGCUCUAGCCUGCCACGAAAAUAUUUAUAUCUCUCGUACAGAUCACCUAAAUUUCAUUAAAAAAAUACGUUUAAAGUAGCUGGUUGGUCGCUCAGAAAAAAAUCUCGAACGUCGCAAUUCUUUCGAGGUCCAGCGAUGGGGUUCCUCUUUAGCAAGGAUGGAUGAGGGACACGGGUUGCGGGAAGACCUCGCCUGUCGAGUAUCCGAAUUUUCAUUGUAACCUCUUGUACGCAAUAUACACCCCUGAAACGCGAGAUGCUUGAUCGUUUUCCCUUGUUUCGUCGUGUUUGUUUUACGUUCUUGUUUGAGUAAUUCGUUAGUGACCCCAGUGUUCACCGAGCGUCGAGGAUAGAUAUACAUACUACAGGGGUAAUUAAUAAUAACUGAUAUGAUUAACGUUAGCGCAGCGACGAGCGGCGUUCUGCUCAAUAUCCGCUCCUUUUAAGAUGUCUAACGAGGAACGCGACACACCAUAGGUACCGAUUUGUAAUCUGUACAAAUUGUAAUAAAUUACCAUACGAAGUAUGUU